AGCAAACGUGGACACGUUUUAUUCGUGAAAGAGCUAUUAUGCGCGAGACUACCCCCACGCUGGCGGUGCCGUGUAACAGAGACACCUGCAAAUUGCCUGAUUGCCGCUGCGUUGGUGCCGACAUACCUGGUAACAUUUCGUCGGCUCAGGUGCCACAGAUGGUGCUCAUCACGUUUGAUGAUGCCGUCACGAUGCGGGCAUACGACAUCUACAAGAAACUGGUCGGAGAGAGGCGGAAUCCGAACGGCUGUCCGAUAGCGUUCACGUUCUACGUGUCGCACAAGUACACCGAGUACAGCGCAGUGCAGAACCUGUACGCGAUGGGCCACGAGAUAGCAUCGCACUCCAUCACACACCGCACGCCGAGUCACUGGUGGAAGCGAGUCGGCACGAAACAAUGGAACAUGGAGAUAGGCGGAGAGCGCGACAUCAUCGCCAACCUCAGUGGCGCCCCCACGCGCGACGUGUCGGGCAUGCGCGCGCCGUUCCUCUCCGUCGCCGGCGACGCGCAGUUCUCGGCGCUCUGGGACGCUGGUUUCGUGUACGACUCAUCUAUCUCCACCAUGCGCACAGCGCCGCCUAUCUGGCCGUACACGCUCGACCACGCGCUCGACCGGCGCACCUGUACAGCCGGAUGUCCGGCCCGCUCCUACCCGGGCCUGUGGGAGGUUCCCAUGGUAACGUUCGCGGGCCGCGACGGUUACCCAUGCGCCAUGGUCGACGGCUGCCCGGCGGCCGGGUCGCGCGAGCGCACCCUGGCGGCGCUGCGCAAAAACUUUCGCGCGCACUACGACAGCAACCGCGCUCCGCUGCCGCUUUUCUUCCACGUCGGCUGGUUCUGGUCGCGCGCUAACCGCCUCGGCUUCCAGGACUUCGUCGACGAGAUCCUCGCGCUGCCCGACGUCUGGCUCGUGCCGACGCGCCAGGCGAUCGAGUGGAUUCGGCGCCCCCUGACGGGCAAAGUCCUGCUCGGCGACGACUCGCCGUUCGCGUGCGAUCGUCUGCCGAAGAUGGCGAUGUGCGAGCGGCCGCACCACUGCCGCUACACGGCCGCUAGCGGCGAGGUGAUUGUGAUGCAGACGUGUGCAGCGUGCCCACGAGACUACCCAUGGGUGCGCCAGCCAGCGUAG